GCUGCGGGGGCGGGGCCUGCGGGCGGAAGUCGCUGCGGCGCGCAGAGCCACCUGGCCUGUCCUCUGCCUAGGACCCAGAGGGGGACCCCCGCCGCUUCUGGGGGCGCCGCGCGAGGUGCGAGCCUCAGCCUCUCCCCCGUCCGAGUCUCUCCCCUGGCACAGGGGCAGGCGGCCCCGCAGCGGGUGCUGCUCACGCUGACUCGGCAGCGAGGGAGCUGCUGGCACGGCUCCGUGAGCGAAGAGAAAGAGGUGGAGGGACCAGGGCAUGAAGCCGCCGCUGAGGGGACUUGUGGCGCCCUCACUGUGCUCGGAGAGGAAGAGUCUCCCAGCCUGCUACCCGUCCCAGACUCCAUCCAGGACAUUCUGCGGGAAGGGGGCAGGACUGCUGCGAUUCCUGCCUAAUCCUCAGGGCCGUGCAAGGUGCUGAGGGUGGGGCCUGUGGCUGAGGGGCAGAAGCCAUUGUGGGGGCCGAGGUUUGCCCUGCUCGCUCGGGAGGAGGGAGGUGUGAGGGCUGGGCCUGGCCUGGUGCUGCUCUAGAAGGGGGUGCCCAUAGCAGCCUUGGGCCUGGUUCUCGCCUCGGCCUCCGAGGAGGCGUCGGUGUCUCUCCCUGCCACGAUGAAGCUGCUGCGGCUCCUGUGUCGCCACAAGACAGCGCUGGGCCUCGGUGGCCUGGCGCUCUUCGCUGUAGUCCUGCUCUACCUGGCCAAGUGCACCUCAGAGAGCCUCAGGCCCUUGCCAGGUCGAGGUCUGCCCCACAACCAGGCACUGCAGCCGCCCCGCGGUGGAGUGGGAGCCGGGCCGCCCCUACUGGCAGCCCCGCUGCCCCCUGAGGAGACGGCUUUCCUGGCUGUCCUCAUCGCCAGCGGCCCCAAGUAUACAGAGCGCCGCAGCAUCAUCCGCAGCACCUGGCUCUCGAUGGCUGGCCGGCCCCCUCAGGACGACAUCUGGUGUCGUUUCGUGAUUGGCACAGGCAGCCUGGCUGGGGAGGAGCUUCACAGCUUAGAGUUGGAGCAGAGCCGUCACCGAGACCUGCUGUUGCUGCCUGAGCUUCGUGAUUCCUAUGAGAACCUGACUACCAAGGUCCUGGCAAUGUAUGUCUGGCUUGAUCUGCACUUGGACUUCCGCUUUGUCCUCAAGGCUGAUGAUGACACCUUUGUACGCCUGGACGUACUCGUGGAAGAGCUGAGGGCCAAGGAGCCACGUCGUCUCUACUGGGGCUUCUUUUCUGGCCGUGGUCGAGUGAAGUCGGGUGGCAAAUGGAAAGAGAGCACUUGGCUCCUAUGCGACUACUACCUGCCUUACGCCCUGGGUGGUGGCUAUGUGCUGUCUGCAGACCUGGUGCAUUACCUGCGACUCAGCCAAGACUAUUUCAACAUGUGGCAGAGUGAAGAUGUCUCGCUGGGGGCUUGGCUGGCUCCUGUUGAUGUGAAGAGGGUGCAUGACCCACGUUUUGACACUGAGUACAAGUCACGGGGCUGCAACAAUAAGUAUAUUGUCACUCACAAGCAGAGCAUUGAGGACAUGUUAGAGAAGCAUCAGACUUUGGCCAAAGAAGGGAAGCUCUGCAAGGAGGAGGUUAAGCUCAGGCUAUCCUACAUGUAUGACUGGGGAGUGCCUCCUUCACAGUGUUGCCAAAGGAAAGAUGGCAUCCCCUGAAAGUUUUGGAAAAAGGAAGGGCAAAGUGUCAAAGGAUAACUCUCUGGGCUGGAUCAGUGUCAUAUGGGGACACCCUUGUAUGUAAGGCUUAAAAAUUAUUCUGAGAUUUUACAUGAUUCAUACGUCAAGACUGUGUGCAGGACCAACAUAGCACCAUAAUUCAUAAAAGCUACUGAAGUGCUGUGAUUUGUCUACAGAUACACAAAAUACAGGAAUAAAGGGGGAAGUGAGGGAAAGGUUAUAUGAUGGAAUUUAGUGCAAAGGGGGGAAAAAAGAAAACUUUUUUUUAAAUAACUUGGAUGCAGAGCAGGUUGGAAGAUGUGUCCCAGAUUCCAAAGUUUGUUUGUUGAGAACGUGUCAUGCCUUCACACCAUCCCCAAGAUUGUGAAAAUAAUGUCUACUGUUUAAUUUUUUCAGGGAAAAAAUGUCAUUUUGGCCAACCAUUUUGGCAAGUUUUUAAGACUGUAAUAAAGAGAUAGCAAAUCAGUUGCUAGUGCCAGUGGAAGCAGGUGGCUGGCUAGAACCACUGGCCUGGCAUCUAAAUGAAGGGAAGUGUUGUUGAGAUAUUUGCACUGGUUACUUUAUACUCUCAAUGAGGGGGAGGGUGGUGUGUCCAGUCUUUGGAAAGAGUUCUGAUUUAAUUAUAAUAGGUCUUGGGUAAUAUCCCUGAAUUUAAAUCUUCAAUCAUUUUUUUAAAAAUAGUUUAUGAUGUACUGUGUAAUCUGGAUGAUCUGGCAGCUACUAAAUAGGUCUGUAUUUGGAAAAGUGUAUGUGUUAUGCCAUAUUGCAGUAUUAGGGUAGGUUCUCAACUAUCUUGAUUUGGAAGUAAACAUUUAUGCUACAAACCUAGCACUCGGUUAUUGGGAUUAGAAACUGCUCUUGUAUUCUCCAAGUGCAUUGUGUACAAAGAAAUCUCAACUUCCUAAUUUUUACAAAAAAUGAUCCCACUAAGAAGUAUAUGAUCUAAUUAUGCAAACAAUAGGACUACUUACAUCAGUAAGGAUAACCUAUGUGAGUAAGAGUUAGCAGGAUUAGACCUAUAACGUCUCAAAUUGGAAGUACAAAACUUUAUCAAGUUAUCUGGACUAGAUUUUCAAAAUAAAGCAAUAGAUCUGUUUAAAAAAAAUUAAUCUGAAGAAUUGGCCAUUUUAGUUGCUAAUAUGGUAUGUAAAUAACUGGGGUUUAUUUUUUCACUUCUCUGUAGUCCUGUCUACUCUACAAAUGAAUCCAUUGCUGACAAGAAUUGUUGGGCAUGUUUGGUGUGUAACUGAGAGUAUAAAUGGGCCACUUUUAGCACAGUGACAGAAUGCAUUACACUUUCAAAUAAUUCUAACACAUUUUCUGUGCAGACUUUUAGUUGUGUGAUUGAAUAAUCCUGAUAUCCUGUAAUGGUGUUGAAAAUGGUUCCAUCUGUGCACACAGUUACACCUUUGUCCACACUGGUCCAGGAGGACUCCCUUCUGAAAACCCUUGUCAGUAACAGAUCUCUUUUCUAGUAAAGACACAUCAGCUUUAAAGUUGAUGCCUAAAGGGCAUGUUCACAUUCUUCAGUCUUUCUUACAGUUUGUUGCACAGUGCACUUUCAUACUAUUAUUAUUUCUUUCUCUCACUGGACGGUACACCUUUCUCUUACCUGUGGAGGGAGACUUCAACUUCAAAUAAUAAGAUUUGGUGCUGACAUCAUAACAUUUUUGCUUUUCAGACCCAACUUAGUAAUUUAUUCCAAAGGAAUCAAGUGUAUUUAUUUUCUCGUCAUUAAAAUCCACUUCUUCUAUCUAGUUUUAAACAAUUUCUUGAGAGGAUUAAGUGGAAAAAAACUCUUUUUGGAAAGGAAAACAACUCCUUAUUUACAUUAAGUAUUUCAACAAUACAUUCUGUAACUUUCCUUCUAAAAACAAAAUUAGCUAAUGAAGACAUCGAAAAAGUAAUUUAUUUAAUCUGAUGCAUCCAGUCUUUUGUACUUUGACAUAGUGAUGCUUACUGCAGAUGUGCCCUUCAGUGGAAUAUAUUCCUGCAGAACAAAAAGUUUAAGACUUCACCCGGUUGCAAGACAUUAAAUUGGUUUCAGUAAUCCUUUUAAAGUCUGUAUGUCUCUUUGGUCUUUGGGCUAAAUUAGCAUUGUACACACAUAGUUCAGUGUUUGUAAUUGUGAUAAUUUAUUUAUAAAUAUUGUAAAUGUACUAUGUAUUGUUAAAAGUUUAAGAUAGCUAAGUAUCAUCUUAUUUUAUAAUUAUUUAAGAAAGUGUGUUAAGUUUCACAAGUGUUAUUUGUGAAAUGCUUUAAUUUAUUGAUGUACAGUUCCUAAUUUAAAUAGGGUCUGAGUUGUAGAUCCAAAAAUCUGCUGCAUGACUCUCUUAACCUGGUAAGAAUGUACUAAUCACCCAUUUAUCUAAAUAUCAAUGUUUAUGUAAGUCACGGGCAUUGUCGCUUCUUUGUCGUUUUUUGUUUUGUUUUUGUUUUUUUUGAAAGGUUCUCUUUUCAGAGCUUUCAUGUGAGGAUGAGAAUUUGAGGUUCAGAAGAAUGGAAAAUUAUUUGUCACAUCCCAAGUGACAUCUGGAUGGAAGAAAACAUACAAAUGUGCACACACACACUGAUGGUUAAAUUUUUUGUAGAAUGCUGAGUUCUUGCUGUGCCCCUGAGUUCCAAGAAUAUUGAGCUUCAUCCUACAAAGUACUUACUUAAACAUAUGAGUAGUCCUCUUGAUUUCAUUGGGACUAUUCCCAUACUUAAAUUAAAAUCAAGACCAGAGUGCCCAGCACCUUGAAGAAUUAAGUCCAUAAAUUAUUGUGGUAAAUAUAGUUCUAUUUGAAAUCUAACAACAAAUUUGAGUAACAAAGUCCUUCUGGUCUAGAAUUACCUAUGUUUUGCCUCUCAGUUCAAAAAUUAAUUGUUUUGGAAGGUAUGACUUAUGUAAGUUGAUCCAUUUUUUAUGUUUCUGGAAUAUAGAAAAAACAUUUUCCCACAUGUUCUGAUCAGAAUAUUUAUGCUUGAAAAACUCUCAAGUGCCUCAAGACAAAAGAAAUUCAAACCUGUCUGACUUCGUAGAUCUGAUUGACACUUUAAAAAUUCCAAAGUUGAAUUUUUAAUGACUGCUGUUUUGCAUGUUGGAUGCUCAGUCGAACUGGCAAAGUUUGCAAGAUUUGCAAGCCAAAUAAAUUGCAGUUCAGUGAGUUAAAAAAGUCUUUUAAGGUUGGUUCUGUUAGUCAGUGGGGCAGAGAGUCUGCUGAGUUAAUCAGCAAAGAGAACUGGUGACCCAGAAGUCAUUAUUAUAAAUCCAGGAUCAUUAUCAGCUUCACAAGCCAAAUAACUCAAGAGUUGUAUUUCUUUAAUUAGAAAGUCACAUGUAAAAAACCUAUUGUUAAUGCAAUGUUAAGGUUAAAUAUCAAGUAACUUUACACAGGCAAUGUUUUAUAUUGCUUGACUUUCAAGUGCUUGAUGUUUCAACCCUAACUGUUGCACUAAAAUGUUUUGUUUGCAUUUAAUUAUGAACCUAUAUUUUAAAAAUUGCAUUUAAGAUCCCAGAUCCGGAACAGCACAUGCAUGUGCGCGCGCACACACACACGUAUAUAAAAUAUAGGGUUAAACGACAAAUAUAUUUUAAAACAAAAGAGCUGAAAAUCGUUUUUCUGACCUUAUGACUGAGUUCUGUAUUUCUUUUACAAGGGAUGUUGACAUCAGAAAAAUUUAAUGCAGUAUAAGGAUUUCAUGGUUUAGGUGAUUAGACGUCCUGUACUGCUGUUUGAAAAACAAAGUGAAAACCUGGCCCUGUUGAAGCUAAUGGGAAAGUCCAUUGUCUUCAUGGGGGCCAGGAUUUCACCCAGAGUGCCUAACUUCUGCUCCUAACAAGUAAAAAGUAUUUUGGCCUUUCCUUAAAGAUCCUUGUAUUGAAGUUAGUGGGAGUUUUGCCACUGAUUUCAGUAGAAGCAAGAUCAGGCCCAAAAUAUAUUCAUUUGUAAUUUUUCAUGUCUGUGUUAAAUUAAUUAUAUGGAAUCAAACUUUUAUUAAAUAGCAUUUCAAUUGACUUCUAAGGGAGUUCCUCAUUUAAAAAAAAAAAAAAUGUCAGCCAUUUAUACUUGUUACUAUUAUGGUGUUGCAGAAAACGUCCACAGGACUCUUCCCUGGAAGACAAGAGGAAGAUGGCUCACCUCAGUUGACCUAAACAGUUUUCUAAAUAUCAGUUGAUGUGGGCUGCAAGUCACUGUUUAUUUGAAAUAUUAUAUUAAUAUUACACUUGUGUUCUUUGCAGGGCUAUAGUAAAACUGUGCUGUUUGACAGAACAUUAAAAGCAUUUUUAACUUUU